AUGGCCGCAGACGACAUUGAAGGGGAUGAGAAAUCCCAGAACACCGACGAAGGCGUCAUCAACCGAAUGAAAGAACUGAAAGGCCUGCCCAGCAGCUUCUCGUCCAACAUUGGUCAACGCAUCUCACCCACCCGUCUCCCCAGCACCAGCAGCAUCCACAACACAUCGGCAUCAAGAACGACCACCAAGGACGGCCGCUCAGUCCGGUCCAUAGUCGCCUGGCUCGAGUCGGCAGCCACCAACGCCGACACCUCGAGAGACGACUUGAAGUCCGUCCACUCGGUCGCGACGAUAUCGUCUGCGGGAUCAAACUCGUCGUUGCUGAGCAGGCAUACGAUCCCCGGGGCGGAGGAUGUGGAAGAGUACUCUUUGACGUUGCUCAAGUAUAAGAAGUACUAUACUGAGGUUCCGCUGGGGAGAUGCUUGGAUGGGCAGAGGAGGGAUGAGGGGGCUGUUGCGGAUGAUGUGCAGCGCGGGAAUGUGAAUGCUUCUACCGAGGAACCCCAAGUCCGAUUUACGCAGGGAGCUGAGGAAGCGCAGGUCUCUCUUGAGGCUUGA